AUGUACAUUUCAGAAAUACUUCAACACAACCAAAAGAUUCAAACAACAAUCAAGAGGAUGGUAUGUGGAGAAACAACAGAAAGAGGAUUUGAUGAGAAUAUACAAGAGAAGAUAGAAGAAGAGAAAAAAAAGAUAGAAGAAGAGAAAAAAAAGAUAGAAGAAGAGGAAGAAAGACAAAAGAAAAUAGUAAGAAUCAGAAAGAUACAAGUGGAUGAAGAAAAGAAAAAACGCAAAGAACAAUUAGAAAGAGAACAAAAUAAAGAAAAAGAAGAAGAAAAACGAAUAAAAGUUGAGAAAAGAAGAGAAAGAGAGAUUGCAAUUAAAAUGACUGAAGAAUUAAAAAAAAUAAAAGCACGUGAAAAUCAACAAUCUCGUGCUUUUGCUCAAUACAAGAAUGAUGAACACAAACUUUCAUUAAAACUAAAAGACGAUGUAUUAAAGAAAAGAAGAAUCCAAAUCGGCGUUCGAUUACCAAAUGGUGAAAUUAAAAAAGCAGUGUUUGUCAAAGAUGAUCAACUCUUUACUGUUUAUAACUUUGUUCAAGGAUUUGGCUUUGAUGGAUUUGUUUUUGUAGAUGGUCGUUCUCACAAAGAAAUAAAUAACUUAGAAGCUACUCUUGAAGAACUUCAUUUUUGGCCUUCUUUCUAUUUGCAUGCUGUCUUAUUUAAUAAGACUGACCCUUCUUACUAUCAAUAA